AUGAGGCUCUCUGCGCCGCUGGGGUGCCUGCUCUGGUGCGUAAUGGUGGCGCAGUGCGCCGCCUUCUCCACAAAUUCAAACGACUCUAGAGCUCGGACAUUUCUCCUUUUUGACCGUUCGGGCACAGACGAACCGAUCGACUUCAGCACGGUUUUAGGAUUUGAAGACGUCAAACUGAACGCCUCUAACGGGAGCCGGGGGCUGAACGGGGCCGAUAGCGGGCCCAGGAUCUCUGAGGAGGCCCUGCUGUACCUGACGGGCCCCGUCUCCACCCUCCUCAUCCCCUCCUUCUACUGUCUGGUCUUCCUCGUCAGCGUGCCCCUGAACGUCUGCGCCGUGCUGGCCUUCGCCCGGGGGAUCCGGCCCAAGAAGCCGGCGGCCAUCUACAUGCUGAACCUGGCCGGCGCCGACCUGCUCUUCGCCCUGGUGCUGCCCUUCAAGAUCGCCUACCACUUCCUGGGCAACCACUGGCUGUUCGGGGGCCUCAUGUGCCGGGUGGUCACGGCGGCCUUCUACUGGAACAUGCACAGCUCCGUCCUGCUCAUCGCCUGCAUCAGCGCUGACCGCCUCCUGGCCGUGGUCUACCCCAUCGACUCGCUGGCCUGGCGGCGCCCGCGCAACGCCCUGGCGGCGUGCGCCGCCAUGUGGGCGCUGUCCCUGGCGGGCUCGGUGCCGCUGGUGGUCUCGGAGCAGACGGCCGAGCUCCCGGAGCUGAACGUCACCACCUGCCACGACGUCCAGCCGUGGGGGCGGGCGGCCUGGCUGAGGGCCUACUUCCUGACCGUCUGCUGCGCCCUCUUCUUCCUGCCCCUGCUGGUCACGGCGGCGUCCUACGCCCGCGUGGUCUGGUCGCUCAGGAGGGUCCCGCAGGGCAUUUCCGGGGGCUCGCGCAAAAGGACCCGCGCCGUGGUGAUGGCGCUGACCGUCCUGGUGAUCUUCGUGCUGUGCUUCAUGCCCACCAACCUCCUGCUGCUGACCCACUACCUGCUCAUGGACCAGGACCUCCGGCAGAGCCGCGAGACCCCGGACGGGUCCUACGGGCUCUACCUGAUGUUUCUGUGCUUGGGGAGCGUCAACUGCCUCCUGGACCCCCUGGUCUACUACUUUGGCUCCUCCCAGUGCCAGCGACAGCUCUCCAAAUUGCUGAGCUGGCGGAAGACGGCGGGGAUGAGGAGCAUCGCCCACUCCUCGUCCGACUCCUGCAGAUCCAGCAGGCGGAGGAUUCUCAAGUCCCGCCACACCGAGAGCUCCAAGUUAAGCUCCUCGGUCACCAAGAUGGACUCUUUGCCGGACAACCUCAGCAGCCAGUACAAGAAACUCCUGGUGUAUGAAAACCACUCGUUGGUAGGAGCCGGAACAAAGUGCAGAGGCAGCGCGGCGCACGCAGAACUUCGGCUUUGGGGAAAACAGGACCGUAUCUGGUUUGUGAUGGCCUCCGGGACGCGAUGGCUGCGGCCGCUCCUGCUCUGGCUGCCUGUGUGUUUGGCGCAGAGCAGUCUGCCGCAGAAAGAGGACAGAGGCUUCUCCGGCACGGAGACCACGGACGGCGUGUGGGUCAGCUCCGACGCCAAGCAGAUCCUGACCAGCGGGCUGACCACCGCCUUCCUCCCCGCGGUCUACAUCGUGGUCUUCGCCGUGGGGCUGCCCACCAACGCGCUGGCCGUCUGGGUCUUCCUCUUCAGGACCAAGAAGAAGCACCCGUCCUCCAUCUACAUGGCCAACCUGGCCCUGGCCGACCUGCUCUUCGUGGUCUGGGUCCCCCUGAAGAUCGCCUACCACCUCAACGGCAACGACUGGGUCUACGGCGAGGCCCUGUGCAAGGUGCUGGUGGCCUUCUUCUACGGGAACAUGUACUGCUCCAUCGCCUUCAUCGCCUGCAUCAGCGUCCAGCGCUACCAGGCGGUGGUGCACCCCAUGGCCCGUCGCCACGGCGGCAACCGGGUGGCCGUGCUGGUGUCGGCGGCGGUGUGGGCGUCCGUGUGGCUCCUGACCGUGCCGCUCUACCUGUACGACCAGCAGGUGACCGCCACCAACCUCAACGUGCGCACCUGCCACGACGUGACCCGGCCCAGCCAGAGGAAGAUGGCGGCGGGCUACUUCCUCACCAUGGGGACGCUGGGCUUCGUGGCGCCCACGGCCGUGUGCGCGGUGUCCUACGUGCUCAUGCUGCGGGCGCUCCGGAACAGCAUGGCCGACCCGGCCGUGGCCAAGAAGCGGCGCAAGGCGGUGGUGCUGAUCGUGACGGUGCUGGUGAUGUUCGUGGUGUGCUUCGCGCCCAGCAACGCCAUGCUGCUGGCGCACUACGUCCUGCUAUUGGCCGAGGCCAACAACAACUGGUACGGCUUCUACAUCACCACCCUGUGCUUGGCCAGCCUCAACAGCUGCUUCGACCCCUUCGUCUACUACUUCAUCUCCGAGGACUUCCGCCAGCACGUGAAGAACACCUUCCUGUGCCGGAGCGAGAGGACGGUGGAGAGGAUGCGGGUGUCCUUCAGCGCGCUCAAGUACUCCAAAAAGAGCAGCACCUACACGUCCGACACGGGGACCACGCAGAGCAGCAGCUGCUAGCCUCCAGGUUUCGGCCCGGUCGGAAAUUCGAACCACGCGCGAAGAUUUUAAUGGAUUUUUUUACAAAGAUUUUAAUUUACUGGACGUUUUGUGUGAAUUUAUUUUGGGUUUUUUUCUUGUAUAUAUUCUGUGAAUUCAUUUAGUCUGAACUGUUUCGAUGACCCAUUAUUCACACA